AUGGUCUUAACUAACGCCGUCUACUUCAAAGGCUUUUGGAAAUACCCGUUCAAGCCUCAAAGGACCCACAAGGACAAGUUUUUCGUAACCCCGGAAGAGUCUGUCCAAGUGGAUAUGAUGUCGCAAACGAGAAGUGGACUCGAAGGAGUUUCGCGCCCAGGUGCUGGAGAUGCCCUACAGGGGCGACAGCGCGUCCAUGGUGGUGCUCCUCCCGCGAUGUGGAAGGGAUCCAAGACGGUUGACUGGCUGGUCCAACGCCUGAAGCCCAAGGUACUCGUGUCCGAGUUGAAGGCGAUGCCCUCCGUCUCGCUGAGAGUCAAGUUUCCCAAGUUCAGCGUGGAGAGUACUCUCGGGGAUGAACUCAUUUCGGCCCUUAUAGAGGUGGACGAAGAAGGCGCAGAGGCGGCAGCGGCGACGGCGUUCGUUCUGAAUAGGUCUCGUUCAAUGCCUCCAAAGACGACGUUCACGUGCAACCGGCCCUUCGUUUUCUUCAUUCAAGAUAACGAGGCGAACAACAUCCUGUUCAUGGGGGUUUAUAGGGGUCCUUGA